UAGGUGAUGACAUGUAACCUAUCUGCUGACAUAUACACGUGUGUACAGCUGUAGGCGGCGGUAUAUCAGUAACGUCCCAGGCACAACAUGGAACGCGGAGCUAUUUUCACAAUAAUCGGGGGUUUUCUAAUCCACCUAACCCUGGGAACGUAUUUCUGUUUUGGUAAUUUGAACCCAUACAUCACGUCCUACAUCCGGGAUACUUCAGUCGAUCUCCGUUACAAAGACAGUGAGUGGAUCUUUGCUGCAGCUGCCUUUGGACUGGCAGGUUCCAUCUUUAUUGGAGGACUUCUACGAGCUCGGUUUGGGCCCCGCAUAGCAGUACUUUGUGGAAGCUGCAUGAUGAGUUCUGGCGUUGCCCUGACCUACUUUUCGAUACAGCAUUCCUUCGCUGGGGUCAUAAUCACCUUCGGUUUGAUGUUUGGGCUUGGAGUUGGAACCGCAUAUGCUGCUCCGAUGGAUAGUGCGAUGAUGUGGAUCCCUGACAAGAAGGGUCUCGCCACCGGAUUGAUCUUGGCUGGGUUUGGCGGCAGUGCCUUUAUCUUCGACUACAUCCAGUCAUGGUACAUCAACCCUGAUAAUCUUGCACCAAAUUCCGGCAAAGUAGACGGCGAGGAAUACUUCACUCAAAAAGACUUGCUUGGCAGAGUUCCCAACAUGUUUCUGAUUCUAGCAGCCUGCUAUGUUUCUCUUCAGUUCUUGGGAAUUGUGUUCCUUCGACUGCCAAAGCCUGAAGAUACGAAGGGAGCUAAUGAACAGGACUCUAACGGGCAAAGAGAUGGCCGACAUGGCCGCUGUGUGUCCAACAUUGACGAACUUGAUGCAGUUGACAACUAUGACCCCCUAAUAGAGGAUGCGAGAAUGACACAUUUUUGUCAUGCUGUCAGUCAAGUGGGUAAACAAGAGUCUGUUCACUGGAGAAACUGCUGGAGAACGAAAGAGUUCUGGAUUCUCUGGUGUAUCCUACUGUUUAACUGCCAAGGACUAAUCUUCUUCUCUACCAUCUGGAAGACAUAUGGACAAACAUUCAUCCAAGAUGACAGGUUCCUGUCAGUUGUUGGAAGCUUUGCGUCUAUCUUCAAUGCUGCAGGUCGUAUCUCAUGGGGCUACUUUGGAGACAAGGUGUCAUUUAAGACGGCUAUGCUGUGCCUGUGUGCGCUAUUCACAGUCCUCAUGUUCACCUUCACCCUGACCAAGGUUGCCGACGGGAAGCCCCUGUUCUUCAUCUACGUCUGCCUCACAUUCGGCACCUUCUCCGGCAACUACUCCCUCAUCCCCACUGCGACCGCGAGGACGUUUGGCCAGGAGUACUUCAUACAGAUAUAUGGGAUUUUGUUUUCCUCACAGAUGGUCAUUUCUCCAGUCGGGUCUCUGCUGACGUCUUAUCUUACAGACCUUAUCGGCUGGUAUGGGCUCUUCUUUCUAACUGCUGCCUGUUCUUCCUGUAGUUUUAUUCUGAUGUUUUUCUUCAACAAGAAGAUGCCAGAUGGAAAUGACGUUUGAAACAAUGUAUAAGGCCGGAUGGUGGAAGAUGGUGGUGACCCGAAUAAUGUAUGUACAGUGGUUGUGAUAUUACAUAACGCGUCUCUUGAAACUGUGUCGUGAGAAGACUGCGGGAAGACCGUGAGAAUACUUCUACCAAAGGUGUUCUGUGAUCGGCGUCAGGCUAUA